AUCUUUGUGAGCGGUGAGGGAAAUAUGGAAAGAGUAAGCAAGUCGAACCUCUCCGCGAGCUAUUUUGCGGCUGCGGUGGCAGUUUACGUUCAAUAGGCAUUGAAAAGUCGAUCAUGAUAUAGUGAUGUGAUGAUUUAUAACUGAAAGAGUUAGCAGAUUAUAUCAUAACACACACAAAACUACCAGAAGCUUUUGGUUUGUCCAACUGAACCACGGGUGACCGCGAGCGACCGCCCUUACUUUAGCAGACGACACCACAUGGAUCAUAAACGUGUUCGCAGAAGUGCCAGCCAAUUGUAAGGCAGCCGCCUUCAACUGCGGCUUCAAAACCUGUUCACACUUCCCAUUUGCUGCCUAUUACAAAGUUGGCCUCCAGUCAGCGAUGUUUGGAGUGUGGUGCAUGUAUGUGCUGGGUGCCGGGGUGCGGCUCUGGCUCAUGAAUUCUUCUGGAGCUGACUUUAUCACAAAGCGUGUUGAGUUCUCAACACCACUCAACUCAUGGAAAAGAGUGGAGGAGGGAGUCUUCCUGUAUUCCCAAGGGAUUCCAGUGUACAGUGGAGGUGUGUUCCAUGAGACACCGCUGUGUCUUCUCGUCAGCAAUUUUCUGAUCAGGACGUGGCAGUCUUACCUCCCACUGGUGUUUGUGGCCUGUGACCUCCUCACUGCAGCUUGCCUGGCAACAGUUGCUGCAAGUUACGGCAGAAAACAGCUCAUAGAACAGAAGAAAAAUGUGGACAAGUACUCCGUUGAUGCUCUGCCGCUGCUCCUGACGUCCGAGUCCCUGUGGUCUGGCGUGGCUUACGUCAGCGCAGUUUACCUCUUCUGCCCCUACACCAUAGCCUCAUGUGUAGCUCAAACCACCACUGUGUUUGACAACCUGGUCCUGGCUGCAGCUUUGGUCGCUAUGGUCAGAGGUUACCCACUAGUCUUUGGUGGCCUUGUUGCUGUAGCAACAUACCAGUCCUUCUACCCAGUGUGCCUGCUGGUGCCAGGCAUCAUCAGCUUGGUGCAGGAGGACUCCACCUCAGCACUAAUGAAGCCACUUUUGUCCUUUCUCUCAUCACUGGGAAUCCUUAUGAUUGCUUCCGUCGAGGUUGCGGGCAGUUGGGAGUUUUUGGAAGCAACUUAUGGAUUUAUAUUGGCUGCACCUGAUUUAACUCCAAACAUUGGCUUGUUUUGGUACUUCUUCACAGAGAUGUUUGAACACUUCCGCCUCUUUUUUCUGGCAACCUUCCAGAUCAACGCUUUUGUUUAUGUGUUGCCUCUUUCCAUUCGCCUUCACCGAGACCCUGUUCUCCUGGCCACUGCCCUGCUCGCCUUCACAGCUGUAUUCAGAAGCUACCCAGCAUUAGGGGAUGUGGGAUUCUACCUGGCUCUCUUGCCCAUGUGGAAGCACCUUCACCCAUUUAUGCGACAAACCUUUAUUGUCGGGUGCAUGUUUGUGUCUACCUCUGUGCUGGGGCCAAUCAUGUACAACCUCUGGAUCUUCAAUGGAUCUGCCAAUGCCAAUUUCUAUUUUGCAGUAACUCUCGCCUUCAAUACAGCUCAGAUCUUUCUUGUCACUGACCUUCUGUUUGCUUACGUCAAGUGGGAGUACCAGCUUAUCAACGGGUCCAAGGUAGAAGUUGACGGAGGUCCAGGAAGGCUUACUUUACAGUGAUCUUAGGUAUUUUUAUGGUGUUUCCAUUACUGUGUCAGAAAUUAAAGGGACUUAGGGUACUGUAAAUUAUCACUUGAAUGUUUUUAUGAAAGUUUGUAUCUCGGUAUACGUAAGUGAAAACCUGAUUUACUUUGGAAUUUUAGGUUUUCUAUUUGUUCAUGUAACACUACCAAGGGACUGUGUGUGUGUGUGUGUGUGUGUGUGUGUGUGUGUGUGUGUGUGUGUGUGUGAACGAGUAAACUCAUCAGCAUUACUUCAGAGGUCCAAAUCAAAAGAAAUUUUAUCUUAGAUGUGUGCAUAUUUUUUAAGCUACUAAGUCAUUGAUUGGUUGAGAAAAAUAAUUCCAGUAGCUUUGUAUUCUCUAUAUAUAUAUAUAUAUAUAUAUAUAUAUAUAUAUAUAUAUAUAUAUAUAUAUAUAUAUAUAUAUAUAUAUAUAUAUAUUUAUAUAUAUAUAUAUAUAUAUAUUAUUUUUUUAUUUUUGCAAAUAUCUUCUAUUUCCCUAUCUUUUUUGUCUUUUGUGAUUAUUGUUACUUAUUUUGACAAUAAACCCUCCCUUUUAUGGGCCUCAAUAUAACAAUUUUCAGCUUUGAUGAACAUUUUUGGGCCCAUCCUGUAUAAGAAGAGAUUUGCCAAAUAAUUUGUUAAGUGCAGGGUUCAGUUCGGUGGGUGGCUGGCCAAACAUAUACGUGUACAUCUGUCGGCAGCGAUGGAAAACAAAGCCAACUGGGCGGUGCUUGUCUGGCCAGUUUAGCUUUGUCCGCUCAGCCGUAAUCUCCUGUUCUCAUUCUUUUGUGCCUCACUUUUCAUUUAAUAUAAAAAAUAAACUUAUAUAUGGAAAAUAUAUGGAAAUGGUCAGAAAGUGAACUUUCAGCUAAUAUGAGGAACAUGGUUUGUUAUAUGCAUAAACUUUGGUUCCCUCAAAUAUAAUGGAUUUUAGGAUAUGUACAGAAAUUGCCAGAAAUAGCAAACUCUCAGUGCCUAUGAUGAACAAGGUUCAUUAAAUGCAAAAAGUCUGCUUCCCUCGGAUGUAGCGGAUUUUCAGAUAUGUUGCCCCCUUCUCCCCAACUGGAUCAUUAAAUCAAGGGUUUACUGUA